AUGAAUAACCUUGACGAGAGUAACAUUGCCCGCACCUACCUGCACAAUGCGCAGUAUGAGAUGAACGAGGGAGACACGGUUGUCUAUAUCAACAUGCCGUCGUGGACCUUGGUCGAGCCCAUAGACUGCGUCGGUGACACCUGGAGAUCGCUCCACGUCAAGAUGCACUCGGACAAGAUUCGCAGCCUCAAAUCGUCAAAGUUCAAUAGCAAGCUUAAAGAGCUCCCGCCUACUCCGCCACUCGACGAGAACGGCCUCUUGAGGGAGGAGCUUAUUGGUAUGAAGUAUGUCAUGGACCUGACCCCCAGCAUUGAGGGCGAAGAGGUCGUAUACGAAAUGGCCGAGAUGUCCCUUACGCCGGGCAUCAUCGCCUGGUGGCGCAGCCAAGACACCUUUGAGGUUGAUGCGGCUGCUGUCAACGGCCACGACGAUGUCUGCCACUGUGGAAAGAAGCGGCCCCAUUUCGAGGCUGCCGACGACAAGUUCAACAUAUGGAGCCGUCCGCCGGACCACCGCAACAUUCCCGACUAUUGCCCCAUCAGACACCGCAUUUGCAUCCUCCGUCUGUUGUAUCUCAUCGAAGGCAAGUAUGUCUUGCUCGACUCAGCUCCGCGUGUCUGGACGAUGAUUGCGAUUUCCAAAAUCUUCGGCUGUCCUGGUCUCAUGGUCAAGCCAGUAGCCCAAUGGCUUUUGAUGUGGCGAAAUUCAACCUUUCUUGAGGUUCUUCCCGAAGAGGGGUUGCAGAUUGGCAUGACGUUCAAGUUCAUCGACGUGACCCGAUUCGUGUUUGAGAUUUUGGUCUACGAGAAGGCACUCAAGGAUGCUGGCGACAGGGGACGGUCGGCAGCGCCUAAUACCACCAUCUUCGGCCGCAAGGGCCGCGACCCUGGCGAUGACCUCGACAACAUGGUUCAACACGCGGCCCAGGCUUUACGCAUUUUGCACUUCUGGCGCAAGAACAUCUGGGAGGAAGCUUUGGGAUGUCUCACAGGGCCCGAGUGCGGGAAAGUUGACGACUUUCGCUUCCGCUACGUCGCACCGAAUAGCCGCGAGCCUCUGAACACCAUCUACGACCGCAUGAACCCGGUGCAGAAGGGCAUGUGUCUUUUCUUCCACAACCGCAUCAACACUAUCGCGAGAACAGGUCCUUGGCAGCCCGAGCCCCUGACGCCUGAGAGCCCCGCAACAAAAUCCCUGACCUUUGCCCAGCGGUAUGUCGGUGUCCUCGCCGUGGCCCUGAAGCGAUCUUUUGAGAAGGUUAUUGCGGCGCGGCCUCAGCUCUUUGCCGACUUUGACCGGGACUCGAAAACAGGCGUGGCCACCACGAACCCUUUCCGCCUCAUCAGGUUCGAUACCGAAGUCUUUGAGGUGCUACGUGAGUGUGUCGAAAUUCCGCGCAACGACUUCUUCGACGUUCCCAAGAAGCGCACGCCCUCGCGCUUCCUAACGAAUCACUUUCUCGCCUUUCUUGUGCCCGACGAGGUCAAGUUCCUGCCCGUCUGGGCGGGUGGGCAGGAUGAUGGGACCGGGCGGGUGUUCAACGACGAGCUGCCGCCCGCUGAGGACGGGCCGGACACGGGGUUCAGGGGCGGCGCGGCAGUCGUUUCGCCUUCGUUGGCAUCAAUGUCCGUUGUUGAGGGGCUGCGGGGGUUGGAUCUCGAGUCGGUCCUAGCGAGCGAGACGACAAGCAUGAACGUGCACAAAGAUGGAUCCAUCAUCUAUAACCCCGGCCGGGUUAUUGUGGACGACGAGUCGAUCCACUCGGAGACUUUCACGGAGACUGGGGAUGAUUAUGAGGCUGCACGAUGGGAGACGUAA